AAUGGCCGUUUUGCCAUUUUCUACAUAGCAGUCACUAUUUUGCAUUAGAGUUAAAUUAAACCAAAUUUCUGUAUUUAGUUUGCUACUUGUUUGACCAACAUUCAAAGUAUUUUUUUGUAUUUAAAUAAUACAAUUUUUAUUUGGACCAGAGCACUACAAAAUAGCUCGCUACAUCUGUUGUCGCCUUUGGGGGGCACUACGUUUAGCCACGAUUGUUUCUUCGCCUUUGUUGUUAUCUUCCUGUGUCUUUGUUGCUUGUCAUCAGCGCACAUAGCGCAGUUCCUGGUUACAAGUAUUUGGGCUAUUACAUGGCUGCUGAUGCAGCGGUAGCUGGCUUACGGUCUCCGUUUUAGAGGGCGGCUGUCGGAGGAGCCGAAACGGAGCAGCUAGGCGGAUUCCUAGCCGGAAAUUCAACGGCUCGAAAAAAUCAUUCCAACCUUGACUGUCGCUGUCAUGGCUGAGCCAGAGUUGCUGUUGGACUCCAACAUCCGUCUAUGGGUGGUGUUGCCAAUCGUUUUUAUCACCUUCCUGGUUGGGGUGAUUCGCCACUACGUCUCCAUCCUGUUACAAAGUGACAAGAAACUCACACUGGAGCAGGUGUCGGACAGCCAGGUUCUCAUCAGAAGCAGGAUUCUGCGAGAAAAUGGAAAGUACAUUCCUAAACAGUCCUUCUUGAUGAGGAAAUUUUUCUUCAAUAAUCAGGAGGAUGGCUUCUUUAAAAAAACUAAAAGAAAGGUUGUUCCACCAUCACCAAUGACAGAUCCCAGCAUGCUCACAGACAUGAUGAAGGGAAAUGUGACCAAUGUUCUACCCAUGAUCCUCAUUGGAGGCUGGAUCAACUGGACGUUCUCAGGUUUUGUUACAACCAAGGUACCCUUUCCCCUCACACUGCGCUUCAAGCCCAUGCUGCAGCAAGGAAUCGAGCUGCUCUCUCUUGACGCCUCCUGGGUGAGCUCAGCAUCCUGGUACUUCCUGAAUGUGUUUGGCCUUCGCAGCAUGUAUUCCCUGAUUCUAGGACAGGACAAUGGUGCUGAUCAGUCCCGAAUCAUGCAGGAACAGAUGAGUGGGGCAGCCAUGGCCAUGCCAGCAGACACCAACAAGGCUUUUAAGGCUGAAUGGGAAGCCCUGGAGCUAACUGACCACCAGUGGGCACUAGAGAGUGUGGAAGAAGAACUGAUGAGCAAGGAGUUGGACCUGGAUGGAAUGUUCAGCAGCGAGUUGCCCUCCGGGAUCUUCUGAUUGGAUGUGCACUAGUAAAGAUCGCUAAUGGGCUCAGUUUGUUGCGAACAUUAGUUAGGGAUGACAUCUUAUGUUGAGCUGCUUGAGAGAAAAGUCCAGUGAUGACCAACAAUGAACAAUGUUUUGAUCUGUAAAGCAGUUCUACACCAUGCUAGUUUAUAUUCAAAUGAGCAUUAUUGCCACUACAUAAACUGAAUCAAGCCCCUUCCCUCUUAAUGAACUUGUCUAAUGAAAAUUAAAAAAGUAAUUUUACUAAAAACAUGUGAGGAGUUUCCUUCAAUCAUCCACUCUAGUUCAUCAUUAAAGGAUACCAUUGCAUAGAAAUGGAAAAGCCAUUUUGAAAUUGCUCCCAGUGGUGUAAUGAUGUUACUGUAUGGGGUUUUCAAUGAAAAUUGCAGCCUGUCUCUUUCAUCCAACCCCUUUGUUUUUACUGCUGUCUCAUUUUAACGUAUAGUGUUCCGUUGUUUCUUCUGUCCAUUCCCUAUUUGGUUGCUAUAAUUCCUGAGUUGAGGACUGUGAUGGCAGUUGGCUUUUGAUGUGGCCCACUACUGUCAUGCCUUGCUUAUGUGUGGCAGUGGUUUGUGUUUUAUUUUCAUUAUGGACCCAACUCAGUUUUUGUAACACUAUCCCCUGUUUUGUAAAGAGACUGUUUUGACAAGA